GUAAUUAAAUGAUUAAUGUUGCUGGUAAAAUUCCAGGUACGUGAACGUUUGCGCGUGGCCCUCGAAAGAAAUACGAGUCUUGAAGAAGAACUAGCCCAUACCAAAGAGGAAUUCCAGCAAUAUAAAAGAAGCGGGCAUCCGAAAGCAUUAGAUGAUAGACCAAAAGAGAAUGGACAGGCAGACGAAGGUCAGCAGCAGAAUAAGAAUGAGACUGAGCAGGCAGCAAGCCAGCCGAUACAGCAGCAAUACCAGCAACAUCAUUCGCAGCAGCAACAGCAGCAGCAACAAUCGGUACAAAAACCAGGUACAGAGAAGUCCACUGAAGUUGGCAGUAGACUGAGCAAUGGGAGUCUCGAUCCAGCCGAGCAGGACUCUGCAGUACGAGUAAUAGAUUUGCAAACUACUCUUGACAAGCAGAGUUCGGAAUUAAGUACGUGGCAACGACGAGUAGCGGAACUAGGUGGACGCGUCGCCGAGUUAGAGGAAACACUAUCGAAAACGCAAAAAGAUCUUUUGAAGGCACAAGAGGCAGGUCUGAAACUACAAAGAGAUUUGCGAGAAAACGCAGCGCAAAAAGAGGACCAAGAGGAGCGAAUAGCGACUCUAGAAAAACGAUACCUCAAUGCUCAACGGGAGUCCACUAGUCUUCAUGACCUCAAUGAGAAGCUGGAGCAGGAGUUGCAGCAUAAAAAGGCUCAAUUAAAGCUUCAAGAGGAAAAAAUUGCGGCUAUACAAGAAAAACUAGAGCUCGCUGAACAGAAAUUAGCUCAGUACGCUAAGUUACCAGAAAUGGAAGAGCAAUUGAAGCAAAGGAUGGAGGCUCUGACGCAGGUGAGGAGGCCCAACCAGCAGGCUCAAGAGAGGCAUGGUAGUGCGGAGGAUAGAAUUCAAAGACUGGAAGCACAAUUAGAAGAAAAAAAUGCAGAAGUGAUGCGUGUUAAUCAACGGCUAAAGAUGAAUGAGGAGCAUAAUACGCGUCUUAGUACAACUGUUGAUAAACUUUUAUCUGAAUCCAAUGAAAGAUUACAAGUACAUUUAAAAGAAAGAAUGCAUGCGUUAGAAGAAAAGAAUGCGCUUACUCAGGAACUCGAAAAAAUGAGGAAAGUGGCAGAGGAUCUGCAAAAUGAAAAGGCUGACAUCGUUAAAGAAUUGGGCAAAGCGCGUCUAGAAAUUGACAACGUUAAAAGACAAAUGCUCCAACAGGAAAUUGCAUUUAAUAUUCAGCAAACAGAUGCGUUAACAAGAAGUUUGUCACCAAACGCUGUGGAUCCAGGCUCCUUUUCGAGGAGCGCAAGUCAUAGCAGUUUCGACACACACUCAUUGCCUAGAAGAGGAGGUAAACGAUCUAUGGAAGAUGAUUCAUCGAAGAAUUAUGUUGCACGGACUUUGGCGGAGCAAGAGUGGGAAAAGUUGCAACAAGCGCAUGUGCUUGCUAAUGUCCAACAAGCGUUCGAUGUUUCGAGUGACGCAGAAGAUGGAGAUAACGAAAGUAUUUUUAGUUGCGCGGCAGACGUAAUUAGUCCUACUGGUCAUACAGAUGCCCAAACAUUGGCAUUGAUGCUGCAAGAACAAUUGGAUGCCAUUAAUAAAGAAAUUAGAUUAAUUCAGGAAGAAAAGCAGAGUACGGAAGCACGUGCAGAAGAAUUGGAGUCUCGCGUUGGCAGCCUCGAACACAUGAAUCUGUUAGCUAGAGGUCGUAGCCUCGAACGAGCAUCGCCGCCGCUGAGUGGGCGGUCUACACCAAAAUCGCAUCAUAGUCCAAGCAGGGAUUAUUUGCAUAAGUACCACACCGUUAGUAAUCACGCACCUGCGUCAAUGUCUCCGGCGCAUUUACAUCAAUAUGCUGCUUCCUUAGCUAGUCCGGGCCAACUAUCAGAAUCUCUUCCUGCUAGCCAGUUGCAGUUAUCGGGAGAGGAACUGCAUUCGGUUAGCGAAAGAGAUAGUGGUGGUGUAGGAAGUGGUAGCGAUGCAGCAUCUCCUUUAACAGCCAGGUCUCUGAGAUUGGAACGAGUUGUUCAAGCACUAGCCCAUAGUCAGGAGGAACUUAGAAGACGUACCGGACAGAGCGGAUUUCCGAGUGGUGGUUUCCCCACGCACAGCAGGCAUGGACAGCAUAACAACGGCGCACUCAAUUCUGGAACUCCUCCUUCCCCAUUGUCCUCACGUCACAGCAGCCAGGACAGUUUGCACAAGAACAACUUCUCCAGUGUCGGACUGCCCAUCGGACAAUUAUCGACGUCGCAUCUGCACAUGCAAUCUACCAUGAGUUCUGCCACAGCGGCUGCGGUCGCGGCCGCGCAAAAAAAGAAAGGCAUUAAAAGUAGCCUUGGUAGAUUUUUCAGCAAAAAGGAGAAGAUUAAAGGGAAAGAUACACCAAUGCCAGGGGAUGUAUUAGGUAUGGGAGGCGCAAGUACACCAGCUGAUCCAGAUUACGGGGACAGUGUGUGUGUAGCUGGUACGCUUGGAAAUAAAAGUGAUUUUGAUCGCAGAAAAAAGAAAAGUCUAAGCAUGUUUGGUAGUAUGUUGGAUUCCUCGCGGCACGAGCUUUUAGCGGAAGCGAUGAAAGCUGGAACACCCUUUGCUUUAUGGAACGGACCAACAGUAGUCGCCUGGUUAGAACUCUGGGUGGGCAUGCCGACGUGGUAUGUCGCCGCUUGCCGAGCAAACGUCAAAAGCGGUGCUAUCAUGAGUGCUCUCAGCGAUACUGAAAUUCAACGAGAGAUUGGUAUAAGCAAUCCUUUACACCGAUUAAAGCUGAGACUAGCCAUUCAGGAGAUGGUGUCGCUUACGAGUCCGUCAGCGCCGAAAACUUCUCGCACAACAUUAGCAUUUGGUGAUAUGAACCACGAGUGGAUAGGUAAUGUCUGGUUACCAAGUCUCGGACUGCCUCAAUACCGGUCCACUUUUAUGGAGUGCCUUGUUGAUGCUAGAAUGCUCGAUCAUCUUACAAAAAAGGAUCUUCGCGGUCAGCUGAGAAUGGUUGACAGUUUCCACAGAACAAGUUUGCAGUAUGGCAUUUCCUGCUUAAAGCGACUAAAUUAUGAUAGACAACAAUUAGAAGAGAGAAGACGAGUGGCAGAAAGUGCCAAUAUAGAUGUACUCGUCUGGAGUAAUGAUCGUGUUAUAAGAUGGGUACAAUCGAUUGGUUUAAAGGAAUAUGGGAAUAAUCUUUUAGAAUCAGGUGUGCACGGUGCGCUCAUAGCCCUAGACGAAAGUUUUGAUGCGAAUAGUUUUGCAUUAACUUUACAAAUUCCUACACAAAAUACACAGGCAAGACAAUUGCUAGAGAUGGAAUUUUCCAAUCUGUUAUCGAUGGCGACGGAAAGGCGUCUGGACGAGAAUAGCAUGAAAUCCUGAUCCAUCUCGUCAAAUCGGCUGCCUCAUAUUCAACCGCAUCAUGUCUAGUCCAAAACCCCAGUUAUUGCUACUAUCUAUGAGCAAGUGUGUUGUAAAAGUUGUAAGAGCUUUAAGUAUCAUGCUAGGAGUCUCCAUAUUGUUAUGAAAAAUGUGACAUUUGAUAAUAUCGAGAUGUGUUUUGACAUAAGCUGUUAAGAUAAGCUUAUAUGACAUUCGAUACUUAAGGAUUCAUCUGACCGAUUUUUAUGCCGCAUAAAGUGCAUAUAAAGUGAUGCGCCACAUGCAUUAUAUAUCUUUUAUGAUAAAGAAGAGAAAAGAGCAGUUAUUUCGAGCGGUUUUUUAUAUAGAUAUUGAAAUGUAGCAAGCAGUCAUUGGAUUAUAUUACCUGAAAGACACUGCGAUGUAUAAUAGCACUCUCCUUAAAAGCACAAGAUAUCAAUUGCAGACGAUUACGACAAUAAUUCUCUCUGAGUUAGCUUUAUUUAUUUAUAAAGUCGAUAAGUCUCAGUAUUAUAUCAUGUAAUAGAGUAACACGUAUUUGUUGUACGACUUGGUAUGACAUAUGUACUUAUAAUGUUCAAUAAAUAUUUAAAGCUUCUGACUAGUCACUGCGGCCAUAUUGGAAUCGUGACGUCAUAAUUAAGCGAGAAAUGACACAUAAAAGUCUGUUGCGUGCCAUUUUUAAAUAAAGAAAAUUUCGAUGAAAUAAAAUGGGAUUGGU